UCUCCGCGAAAGCAAAAUCGACUACUGUUGUUUCCGAUUCUGUCUCUUCUUUGAAAUCCAAUCACUUUCUCAAUUUUUCAGAUCCCUAAAUUUUCGCAUUCUGUUUCAAAACCCUAGCGAUCGGCUGCUCAGCUCUCGUUUUUUUCUCAGUGCAUUGCGCCGAUCGCCGCUUUGUUUCUGGAAUUCAGUCCCGAUUGAUGAUUCCUGUGAAGGGGUGAUGCGAAUUGGAGGAUGAACGAUGCCGGUGCUGCGUGGCAGAGGCCGGAGAGGGAAGCAGCAGCUGGACCACCCGCAACUGCCGAUUAACAGUAAUCGGAAUCGGGGGAAUAAGAGAAAUCGGCAGGCGGCGGAGGAAAACGCGGCGAUAGCUACGCGUACGAGGAGGAGGACGGCGGCGGCGGCGGCGGUGGUUGCGGCACCCGUUGAGGAAGAAUUAGUCGCUGCACCUGUGGUUGAAGAGGAUAAGCAGGUUCUGGAGGAGGUCGGCGAGAAACCGAUGGAUAGCGGCGGCAAAAGCCCAGGCAAAGGGAAUAUGCCUGAAGAUGAUUUUGCUUCCCCUCCUCUCCCUGAGAAGGUUCAGGUUGGUGGUUCACCAACAUACAGACUUGAAAAAAAGCUGGGCAAGGGAGGUUUCGGACAAGUGUUUGUUGGUCGCCGUAUCUCUGGUGGUAACAUUAAUGAAAGGACGGGUCCUGGAGCCGUAGAGGUGGCCUUAAAAUUUGAACAUCGCAACAGUAAAGGAUGCAAUUAUGGUCCACCUCCUGAGUGGCAAGUUUACAAUACUUUGGGAGGAAGCUACGGUGUUCCACGAGUCCACUACAAAGGCCGACAGGGUGACUAUUACGUUAUGGUCAUGGAUAUGCUUGGACCAAGCCUGUGGGAUAUUUGGCAUAAUAAUUCUCAAACUAUGUCGGUUGAUAUGGUGGCUUGCAUCGCUAUAGAAUCAAUUUCUAUAUUGGAGAAAAUGCACUCAAGAGGGUACGUUCAUGGAGAUGUGAAGCCUGAGAACUUCUUGCUUGGUGCUGUAGGGAGUCCUGAUGAAAAGAAGUUAUUCCUGGUUGAUCUCGGUUUAGCCGCUAGAUGGAGAGAUGGCAAUACGGGUCUGCAUGUUGAAUAUGAUCAACGGCCGGAUGUUUUCAGGGGUACUGUUCGAUAUGCCGGUGUUCAUGCUCAUUUAGGUAGAACGGGUAGUCGGAGAGAUGAUUUAGAAUCUCUUGCUUAUACACUUGUCUUCCUUCUGCGAGGGCGUCUUCCUUGGCAAGGAUACCAGGGUGAAAACAAAGGAUUUCUUGUUUGCAAGAAGAAAAUGGCAACAUCACCAGAGGCACUUUGCUGCUUCUGUCCUCAGCCUUUCAAAUCAUUUAUGGAAUAUGUGGUAGAUUUGAAAUUUGAUGAGGAACCUAAUUAUGCAAAAUGUAUAUCUCUUUUUGAUGGCAUAGUUGGACCAAAUCCAGACAUCAGACCUAUUAAAACUGAGGGUGCUCAGAAGCUUAUUUAUCAGGUUGGUUACAAGAGAGGCAGACUAACAUUUGAAGAUGAGGAAGAUGAACAGCCUAAAAAGAAAGUACGAAUGGGGAUGCCUGCAACGCAGUGGGUUAGCAUCUAUAAUGCUCGUAGACCUAUGAAACAAAGAUAUCACUAUAAUGUGAUGGAUGUGAGGCUUUCCCAGCACAUUGAUAAGGGGACGGAAGAUGGCUUAUUCGUCAGUUGCGUAGCAUCUUGCCAAAAUUUGUGGGCAUUGGUUAUGGAUGCUGGUACCGGCUUCAAAGCUCAAGUAUAUGAACUGUCACCUUUCUUUCUUCACAAGGAAUGGAUAAUGGAACGAUGGGAAAAGAAUUUCUACAUCAGUUCAGUCGCAGGAGCUUCAGACGGUAGUUCCUUAGUUGUUAUGUCGAAAGGGACACCGUAUUCACAGCAAUCCUACAAAGUUAGCGAAUCAUUUCCAUUCAAAUGGAUAAACAAAAAGUGGAAGGAAGGUUUCUAUGUGACCUCCAUGGCUACAUCUGGGACUAGAUGGGCUGUGGUUAUGUCUCGUGGUGCUGGAUUUUCGAACCAGGUUGUGGAGCUUGAUUUUCUCUAUCCAAGCGAGGGCAUCCACCAACGUUGGGAGAAUGGAUACCGUAUAACUGCAACAGCAGCAACUUCCGACCAGGCUGCUUUUGUCCUAAGUGUGCCUAGAAGAAAGCCGGUGGAUGAAACACAGGAGACACUGCGUACAUCCACGUUUCCAACCACACAUGCCAAGGAAAAAUGGGCGAAAAAUCUGUACAUUGCCUCGGUUUGCUAUGGGCGUACAGUUUCUUAGAGGGUGUGACGACUUGAACAUCCGAAUCACAUACAGGAGGGUAAAGGUGGUGUCGGAGUAGCUUUCCGGCGAAACCAAGCGUACUAGUAGUUGUUAGGAUCGGUACAGAAGAUAGUGUUAGGAUCUUGUUUUGGUGGCUUUUCUUCUGUUAUCUUUCCUCAAAUGUGUCUAGUCCUCUUUUAGGUUUACUCUAUUUCUGACACACCAGUUUGUAUUGCUCUAUAUGGACAUCCAUACUUGUCGGAAAUUCAUUAUUUUCUUCAUGUUCA